AUGGCAGACCGUCAGCCAGUCCGCAACCCCUCGAUCGGGUCCUCAACCACCGAGGCGGACGAUGUAGACGUGAAUGAGAAGCAUGGCGGGAGCUUUGACAGCUUAACCCGUGCCAAAGAGCACGAAGCGGGCGACGAUGUGGAAAUGGCGGAACUGCUACCUGGGGAUGUCGAGAAGCCCGUGCUGGUCAAGAAGGACAAUUCGACGAGGUCAGCAGUCAUAUGGAUGGUGGUCAACACGUUAGCUACCAUUGGAAUUGUCUUCACGAAUAAAGCGAUCUUCUCAGACCCUUCCUUAAAACUCGCCCAAUUGACCUUUGCGGCCUUCCACUUCUUCGUAACAUGGCUCACGCUAUUUACACUUUCUCGACCUCGGUUUGCCAUGUUCACACCGCGGAGAGUAGCGAUCAAGGAGAUUAUGCCUCUGGCUGUUGCAAUGGCGCUGAAUGUCAUCCUGCCGAAUUUGUCCCUCGCCUUUUCCACCGUCACUUUCUACCAAGUAGCGCGUAUCCUACUUACGCCGACCGUUGCGCUCAUGAAUUUCGUUCUAUACAGAUCGACACUGCCCAGAAAUGCCAUCUACGCAUUGGUUCCUGCUUGCUUCGGAGUGGGGAUGGUUUCCUAUUAUGACUCGCUGCCCAGCGCAGAUACAAAUAUUAAGACCACCAGCACGCUGGGCGUCAUUUUUGCCUUUACCGGCAUAUUUGCAAGCUCCCUCUACACCGUCUGGAUUGCUAGCUACCACAAGAAACUGCAAAUGAACAGCAUGCAGCUUCUAUUCAACCAGGCCCCAUUGGCAGCUUUCAUGCUGUUAUAUGUCAUUCCAUUCGUGGAUACCUUCCCAACAUGGACCGAGGUUCCUGUCAACAGAUGGUUGAUGAUUCUCAUGUCCGGGUUUUUUGCCUGCAUAAUCAACAUGUCCCAAUUCUUCAUCAUCGCACAAACCGGCCCUGUAUCUAGCACGGUCGUCGGCCACGUAAAGACGUGUUCCAUUGUGGCUCUUGGCUGGAUCACGUCAGGUCGCGCGGUUGGGGAUAAAUCCAUAAUCGGCGUCCUGAUCGCCGUAGGAGGAAUAAUCAUGUAA